AUGAGGAUGCUAGAGCGACCCGAACAUCGAUUUUCACCUGCACGAGGUUAGCUAGGGGAAAAAACCACUCUCCUGAAAGAUAUGCAACAUAUGUUCCUUUCCCUAACCCAAACAGUGGCUCGGCUUUUCGUUACUAGAUUCUUGGGACAAUUCAUAUCGAUCGGUUGUGUAAUGAUACUAGAAGGAGAAAGGAUGUUUGUAUUCGGAGAAAAAGACUCUACUUGUUCUUUGAAAUCUAUCCUUAAGAUUCACUGUCCUCAGUUUUACUGGAAGGUUAUGACACAAGCGGAUUUAGGACUAGCAGAUGCUUAUAUCAGUGGAGAUUUUUCAUUCGUCGAUAAAGACUCAGGGCUUUUAAAUCUGAUAAUGAUUCUUAUAGCUAACAGAGACCUGAACUCGCCAAAAUCAAACCUUGCCAAGAAAAGGGGAUGGUGGACGCCAAUGUUUCUAACUGCCGGUUUAGCGUCUGCAAAGUAUUAUCUAAAGCAUGUCUCUAGACAGAACACUCUAACUCAAGCUCGAAAGAACAUUUCUUGUCACUAUGACCUUAGCAACGAGUUUUUCAGUCUCUUCAUGGAUGAUACAAUGAUGUACUCCUCUGCAGUAUUCAAGUCAGAAAAUGAGGAUCCUAGAACUGCACAGAUGAGAAAAAUAUCUCUUUUAAUUGAAAAGGCGAGGAUAGAGAGGAACCAUGAGGUUUUAGAGAUGGGAUGCGGAUGGGGAACUUUGGCUAUAGAAGUUGUGAAAAGAACUGGAUGCAAAUACAAUGGGAUUACUCUUUCUAUAGAACAGCUUAAAUAUGCAGAAACAAAAGCGAAAGAAGCUGGACUUCAGGAUCAGAUUACAUUUGAGCUUUGCGAUUAUCGUCAACUGUCUGAUGCUCGAAAAUAUGACAGAAUUAUAGCUUGCGAGAUGAUAGAAGCGGUUGGCCAUGAGUUUAUGGAGAAGUUUUUCAGUUGCUGUGAAGCUGCGCUUGCACAAAACGGCAUUUUUGUACUACAGUUCACAGCGAUACCGGAAAAGUUAUACGAUGAGAGCAGACUAAGUUCAGGUUUCAUAACAGAAUACAUAUUCCCAGGUGGAUGUCUUCCUUCUUUAGCUAGAGUAACUUCAGCCAUGGCCUCUUCCUCUAGGCUAUGCAUCGAGAACGUUGAGAAUUUUGGGAUUCAUUACUACCACACGUUGAGAUGCUGGAGGAAGAACUUCUUGGAGAGACAGAAACAAAUCAUGGAUCUUGGAUUCGACGAUAAAUUCAUAAGGACAUGGGAAUAUUAUUUCGACUACUGUGCAGCUGGUUUCAAGACUCUUACCCUUAAAAACUACCAGAUAGUAUUUUCACGCCCAGGGAACUUAGCUGCAUUUGGUGAUGAUGAUCCAUUUAGCAGCUCCCCAACGCAGAAAAAACAAUAUUAGAUGAUACAGUUCCCGGAGAAAAAGUAUAUCCUCACGGAAUACUGCUUUCAUGAUUGAUUCUGUACCAACAACCUAUUACUGUCUAGACCAUUCUAAAGCAAAGACCACAACUUAGAAUGUGUGUGAACUACUCGAGCUCUUAUGGUGCAAUGGUUCACUUACAUUAGGACCGUAGAAAGACCUUACUGCUGUCCAAGUUUGAGUACCUAUGAUGUAAUUCAAGAUCUAUGUGACAGGGUUACAUCUCGGGUACAUAGGACUGCCAGAACCUCUAUUCAAUCGAUACUAAGCAUGAAUCGGAGCUUGAUUAAAAUGUUUAAGAU